AUCCAGGAAUAUUUAUUUAAUACCAAAAAUAUAUAUUUCUUAGUAUUUAAAAUAUAUUAAGAUGAAUUAAUGCAACAAGUAUUUGAGUUAUUGUUAUUAUCUAAAAAUGAUAAUCAUUAGAUCGUAAUAAAAUAAUUUACUUAUGUAUUCAUUUUACAAAUAUUCAAAAUAUAAGCUCAUAAUAUUGAGAAUAAACUUCUGUCUUCGAAUAUUUAAAUUAUUAACUUAAGUGACAUAAUUGAUGUAAUAUUUUUAACGUCUUCAUGUCUAAUAAAUUAAUAACCGUUUAUCAUAAAUCGUAUCUUUGAAUAAAUUUAUGCUUCAAUCUCUUUGCUCGUUUAUUUGUUACUUUAUCGAGUAAAUCUCAAUAAAAUGCCGAUAAAUUGACAAAUUCAUCAAGAUUGAUGAGUCUAUUCGUUCGAAACGUUUGAUCAGUGAUUGCCAGCUUCGUUGUCGAGGAUCUUUUUAAAGUUAAUAAUACGUGAAAGAGAAUUUUAGAAAAUCACCGCUUAACUACGUCAAUAAUUCACUAGCGACUGCAAUCGUUUUCACUCAAUCGAUCCUAAGAGCAAUUACUGAUCGCACGUUAUUUUGUUGCUCGUUAAUUGAAAUUGAUUUAAAUUCAGUUUAAUCUUUGUAAUAGCCCUACUAAUUUUUAAAAAUAUACCUAUAACUAACAUUUCCAAAGGUUUAACGAAAUACAAAAUAUUAAUAACUUUAUUUAAGAUAAUUAUUUAAGAUAAGUUUAGAAAUCGAAAAGCAAGGACUCUUUGAUAUCUUGUAACGUUAUCGCGUAAUCCGAUAUUGAGAAUUUAUUAUGACACGUUUCUCUAAAGAUCCAGGCAACUGUCUAACAAUAUUUGAUUGAAAAAUAAUUCUAUUCUAUGUGGAUUAAAUUUGUCAGCAAAUCUAAUAAUAUCAUUAGAUUAUCGGUUGCCAGAACCAGUUACGGAACACCAUGUACCUAUACAUAUACAUAUAAAAUCUCUUGAACAGACCCUUAAUAUUUCUUUCACAUCCGAUUACCAAACAGCCUUUUCUUCUUUUAUCGAACGACCACCUGCGCUUCCGGCUAUUUACAAGGGUAAACGGACUCUGAAAGGAAAUUAAUCUUUUUCUUCGUUUUCCCAAAAAAGAAGACCGGAUUUAUUCUUUUUUGUUCCUACAUUUGCCAGCUUGGAGAAAUACGAAUCGAAUUUAUGAUGUCCGUUCGAACUCGGAAAAGGAAAUUGUGACACAUCGAUUGGUUUUGUCUUUUGUCGAAUUAUCCAUAUUCAAAGUAAAUAACGAUAAACAUAACUAUUCAUUAAAAAUUCGUUAAAAUGCGUGUUAAUUUUAUUCUUUCAAAUAAUAAUUCUUCAAUAUUUCUCUUAUCUCUAAUAUAUAUUUUGAUAUCGUUUAAUCAUUUUCACGUAAAUCACGGAAUAAAUUUCAAAUAGAUUUAUUUCGCGAAAUGCGAAAUUCUUUUUUUUCCUUAAAUAACAUAAAGAAUAAAAUAGAAUAAAAUAUAAAAUGUUUGAAACAUAGUAAAAUUUACUCAUUAUUUCGUUUGAACGAACAUGCGAUCGUUAAAUUAAAUAAAUCGUAUUUUCAUGUUGAAAUUAAAUAGAUAAGAUAAGAUUUAAACUAGUUAUGUAAUGUGCUACGUGAGCAUUAAUAAAGAAAAUUAUGCAAAUUUUUGAGAUAAAAUAUCCUAUAAGAAGGAGAGCUACGUGGAAAACUAAAUACAAAUUGUAUACAUUUUCUUGUGAACGAUGUAUUCCUUUAAAAUUUUUUUUUUAUUAUUUAUCGUAUUCAUAACAGUAAGUGUCUUAAAAGUUUUUUUCGCUUUUUAUAUACUUCGUUCAAUAUUUUCAUUCAUUGUGUCUUCGUAUCCAAAAAUUAACUUUUCCUUAUACUGUAAGUUUUUCCUUAUAUAGUAAUUAUAUCAUAGUGCGGUAUGAUUAUACUAGAACUAAUUUUCAUUUUAACGCGAAAUAGAAAAAAAUUCGUUAGAGUUCAAUUUUCAAUUGUUAAUUAAUAAGUAAAAAAAAAAAAGAAAAAAGAGAUAUACGUGACAUUCAAUAUUUUCAACUAUGCAUACAGAUGAUGACAUUUAGUAACUUUCUUUUAUCCAUAAAGUGAUAUAUUCGAAAAUAAAAUUCAAUUUUAUCCAAAUAGACAUAUAUACUACUACAUUAUUCCAUAAUCGAUUAAAUCGAUGGUGGGAAAGCACGACUAUUUAGAAGCACUCCAAUUUAAGACGAAUCUCAGGAAAUCUUUCUAACCGCGAUUCGGUCAGAUUAAACAUCCCAACAACUCGAUUAUCGUUGAUAUACGUACGUUGGUUCGUGACAGCUACGCGAUUAAUGUCACGCUCGAGCAAUUUGCCGAACGAAUCGUACGAUUCCGAUCGAUCGUCACAGAAAUCACUGCUUGUAUGCUGUAUUGCUCAUGUUAAUUUCUCUCUCCCUCUCCCUCCCUUUCUCUCACUCUCUCUUUCUCUCUCUCUCUCUUUCUCUCUCUCUCUCUCUCUCGCUCUCUCUCUCGCUCUCUCUCUCUUUCUCUUUCUUUCUUUCUCUCUUUUAUACGUUAUUCAAAUCUCAGGAAAUGAGGGAAACAAUGACCUUUAUAGACCCGUGAGAGAAAAAUGUACUCAGAAAUUUAACUUAACCGCAGACGAGCUAAAGUAUGACAAGAAGCAUCCAGAAUCUUAUGAAUGUUACCUGUACUGUCUUUUUAAGGGAAAUCAAAAUCAUGGAUGCUUUUGGAAUGUUUUAUCCACAAACCGCAUUGAAUCUAAUCGAUGAAAAUUUACAGUAAUCAUCUAGGCCAGUCCUAUUUAUACGCAACAAUAAAAAUAAAGAGAAAUCAAAAAGCCUUUCUCAAAGGAGAAAACGAACUUUGCGAGUAUGCUUACGAUAUAGUAAAAUGCUUUUUCGAUUAUAAUCCAGAGGUUUAUCAAUUAUUGGAUUUAUUCGAAAGACCUACAUAUCAGCAGUAGCUGUAACAAUAAUGCAAUUAAUAUUGUUAAAAAAAAAAAAAAAUUAAGUAAAUAAAUUAAUAAACAAAUAAAUAAAAAAAAAUUAUUAAUUAAAAUCAAAUGAAAUAAAUAUGCAAUAUAUGUUUGUGUAUAAUGAUUAUUCAUAAAUGAAAACGAAUCAUUUUAACCAACUAACCCGAUUGACAUACUUCUCUAUCAAUCGAUUAACAUUACGAGUAUAUACUUAGGUCGAGCGAUAAUACGUAUGUAAAGUUUUAUAAACUUUCUGUAUACAUGCAUUUUUUAUGAGCUAUAUACUUACGGACGGUGCAAUUAAAGUGUUCCGAUAAAUUUCGAAGUAUCCGAUUCAAUUGAUUCGCACAAGUUUCGAAGGAAGAUAUACUAGUUGGUAAAACGAGAAGAAAAGAAACAAAAAAAAGUGAUACGGUUUGUGUGGAGAUAAGGGAUAAUUCUUGGAUAAAUUCGAAAGAUAAUUCGAAGAAAGCUCGGCUCUCUGAUUCAAGAAUGAAGAUAAAUGGUCGAUUGCUCGUCGUUUGCACGAUUCUCUUGGCUCUUCUGGUUUCGACGAAAGCGGAUAUCAAGAGAGAAUGCCGCAAGCAGUCAAUGGUUUCAUGGGAAUCAUUGAAGAAAUUAAAAGACGGCGAUUUCGAACAAGAUGAUCCACGAAUAAAAUGUUAUCUACGAUGCUUUAUGAUGAAAAAUGGUAUACUAGAUGACAACGAUCAGUGGACGGAUUUGGAAAAGGCACUUCAACAUUUACCGAGAUUUAUACAGGAAUCCUCAUGGGAAAUAUUCCGUCGAUGCAAGUCCGUCCCUGGAGAUGAUCUCUGCGAUAAAGCGUUUCAAGUAGCCAGAUGUUAUGUCAAAUUGCAACCGCUGAUUUUGAAUUUCGUUUCCUUCGUCUAAUGGUUCCAUUAAAUUCGUAUAAUGCGUGACAACUCUUGGAUAACUCUUUUUACGUAUUACAUCUUUUAUCAUAUUUGAAAUAUAUGUUAGAAUUGUUUAUGA